AAAACUAAUUAGGUCAUCUCCCAACUCUGUCUCAGUGCUGUCCCUGCCUUCUGCACGCACAACAGCCCAGGCUUCAUUCAGGGUCAGGGACUUCAUUUCUCAGGGCCAGGUGAUCUCUCGAUUGAUCGGCGUUUCUUUUUGACUUGUGCGGCUGUAUCUGGUUCCAUGUCUCACGGCGUGGUGCGGUCGGAUGUGAAGAGCCCGUUGGGUGGGAGCACAGACCAAGGACUGGGGGGUGAAGGGCAGGAUGUGCCACCUCUGCGUAAUUACCUGGUGCUUACCAUCUUCACCUGUUUCUGCCCGGCGUACCCUAUCAACAUUGUGGCCCUAGUCUUCUCUGUGCUGUCCCAGAGCAGUUACGACCAGGGGGACUAUGAGGGCUCGCAGCGGCUGGGCCGCAAAGCCCUCCAGUUGGGCAUCGCCUCCGUAAUCAUUGGCCUUAUAAUCAUCACCAUCUACGUCAUUGUGCACUUCACCACGCACGUUGUUUGAUCUCGGGGGAGGCGAAAAGAACCUGAAAGAUCUCAAGAAGAGAGCUCACCAUCUCAUGAGAGACGGGGGAGUAAAACGGUCCUUUAUCUUUGAAGGCACCUGAACCGAAAUCAGAGCUCCCGAGCACCCAUUUUCCAGACUCACCACCUCCCAGCCCUCUCUGAGUCAAUUCCCUGUCCAGCUUUCAGUUCAGUAAAAUGCUCUACCACCUGUUGAUCUCCCUUUCUCUGUGCAACAUUUGAGAGCCGACCUUUCAUGAAAAAAGGUCAUGCACCCUGAACGCAAGAGCAUAAUACACUCAGAUAGCUUACAUGCUAUGCAGCCAUGUACAGUACACUUACUUACAUGCCAUUACAUGCCAUUAAUGUGCAGUACACCUGGUAUUGACCUUCACCGGAUGUAUCAUGGAUAGGAAGCACAUGUUCCUCACAUAUUUAAUGGUGGUAGGUUGUUAUGAGGCUAACAUCAUUUUAAUAUUGUUUUUAUAGUUUAUUAUAUUUGUUAUAAUAGCGCAAAAUACUUUUUAUGAUAUAUAAAGAGAGAUUAACUACAUCCUUUUGAAUUAGUUAUAUAUGUUUUUGGCACUGCACUGUACAUAUAAAAAUGAGUUUUAGAAAUAACCUUCCAUAAAAUAUGGAAUGAUAUCCUUAUUAAAACUGGUUAUUCAUGCAAGCUAUAAUUUUUUUCAAUCACAAGUUCUCAAACAAAUGAAUUAUGUGAGUAACAUUUUGCCUUUUUCUUCUGCGUGAGUGUGUGUACAUGUAUGUGUGUUUGCAGGUUUGAUGUCAUAAAAUCAUAUUUAGAGAGAGGCUUUGAUCAAGGGAACUGUGAGAUUGGGGUGUUAUGAAGGGAACUGUGAGAUGGAGGUGCUAUGGAAAAUGGACACUGGAGUUCUGGCACUGUCACCCCUGGCAACUGGCCACUGCACUUUGAACUCUCACGAGGCACAUGGAUGGUAAGGCACGUAGAGGACUUUAUCCCCCUGUAGCUGGCUUCCAUUCACUUCUGAAGCGCUGGUGGAAGCACCUGAACUGAAAACCUUAUGGACAUCGUCAUCAACCGAAUGGAAACCCAGGCACUCCCGUCACUCCCAAACCAUUUUUCCUUCUAUUUUUUUUUUGGCUUUCAGACAAGUGUGUGCUGCUGGUGAGGCACCUCCCUGUUGGAGAGGGGUGCAGUCGGUUUCACUACAGGUCCUUCGGACAAACCUGAUAGCCUGCCCCUGUGCUGCUCCUUAGGUUUUGGUUUUCAUUCCCUUGUGGGCCCUCAUUUAUUUCAUGGCUUGUUAUGGGAAAUUGAAGAUGGUGUGUUUUAAAAUAAUAUAUAGCCAUACUUUACUUGUGCUUGAAAAGCCAAGGUAUUGCUCAGCAAGGUGCUCGAAAAAGAGUCGAAUAAGCAGCUUAGUCAAAUCAUAGAGGUAAUCUGACCAUGAUGCUUUAAAAUAAAAUGACAUAAAGAAAAUAUUUUGAAAACCUAAACCUUGUAUUGAGAAAGUUACGUCCUUUGAAAUGAGUAUGAGCACAAUAUGUUUUUAGCCACAUAUUGGAGAUGCUCCAAAGUACAGUGCAAAAAUAAACUGUCCUGAGUGCUGAUCAUUACGCUUACAGACGUCAUCAGUUCGGAUGUCAGGAAAGAAUAUAUUCUGCCCAGACCGGUUUGCUAGCCCUCCAGAACCACUUUAGUGAAGAUCAUUUGUAUAAAAUAUUUCUGCUUUUGAUUUGACAUGCAGCCAUACUUUGUACGUUGGUAUGUACAUUUUGCUAUUUAUGUAUUUUUAAAAAGCCAAUGCUUUUGUAGUCAUUAUUACAUGUAGUAAGAUGCUUAUACACAAUACCUGUCUAGUGAAUGAGUUCAAAUGUCAUGUAUUUCAAUAAAUGGCAAAUCAAGAGAGAUUAAAUCA